UAACGUAGUGGUUGGUCACGUGACGUGUGGAAGUUCCUGGAACAUUGCCAGAACUACAGUGAUAAGUUCCUGGAACAUUGCCAGAACUACAGUGAUAAGUUCCUGGAACAUUGCCAGAACUACUACAGUGAUCAGUGCAGAUGGCUAUACGGCUACAGCAGGGCCCGAGUAGAGAACUAGCUCAGAUACGAGCUGAGGAGUACGACUCUGAAGCUGUGCGGAGAAAACUGAGACGAGAACAGCAGAAGAGAAAACAAGACAACUCGGAGGACACUGAUUCUAUAGAGUCGUCUGAGGGUGAAGAACCGAGGAAGAAGCUUAGAACUCUUCUCAGGGAAAAAGGGUUUACAUUUCUGAUAGACGACCAGCGAAGAGUAGAUGGAAAGAUCAGAACCUUUCCCGAGGAAUUGUCCUUUGAUGACAUUGUCAAGAUAAAUGUGGGUGGAAUCAUAUAUGAAACUAGACGGAGCACCUUACAGAGGUUUCCCGACACUCUGCUCGGAGGAGAAGGGUUGGAGAAAUACUACUGUAGGUCACAUGACAUGUAUUUCUUAGACAGACACCGCUCAGCCUUCAGUUCCAUCCUCUCCUACUACCAAAGUGGAGGACUGCUCUGUAUCCCCACCACCAUCCACCCCCUGGUCUUCCUGGAAGAAGCCAGGUUUUACGAACUAGGCACCAGAAUUAUAAACAAGUUGGAGCAACCUUUCUUUGUACGACGGAACAGGACUGUCGGUACUAUGAAACAGAAGAUUUGGUACACGCUGGAUGAUCCGGCGUCUUCUUCAAUUGCUAAAGGGAUAGCUUUCUUUGAUUUGACGUGUAUCAUGACAGCAAUAGCGCUGAUAUGUGUGAAGACUCUGCCUCAAUUCGACCCUGAGAAGAAGAUAGAUAACGACGGGGAUCCCACAAAUCUGGAGAGUUCCCACGAAACUGUGUUCUUUAUACUGGAGACCAUCUGUAUGACCUGGUUCACUACCGACCUACUACUCAGGUUUAGUGUGUGUCCUAAGCGGAUAGAGUUCGGCAAGAACGUGCUGAACUGGGUGGACGUGGUAUCCAUAGUGCCCUACUACCUGGAGCUACUGGUUACUAGCAGAGUGGAGGUCCUUAUGGUCAUCAGGAUCAUCAGAUUCACCAAGAUAUUCAGGAUAUUCAAACUGUCCCGACACUUCAGGGGACUGAUAGCGCUGGGGUUAGCUUUAAAGCACUCAGUAAGCGAGAUACUGGUACUGUUUGUGUUCCUUUUCGUAGCAGUACUCUUCUUCGCUACUGUCGGCUUCUACUCCGAAACUAUGAGCAGAAAAGACGGUGACUUCACUAGUGUGAUUGGAGCGUUCUGGUGGGCUAUAGUAACAAUAACAAGUGUUGGGUACGGAGAUGAUGUCCCCAGAUCCAUCCUGGGGCAGAUCAGUGGGGCGCUGUGUGCCAUUACAGGUAUCAUAUUCGUUGCCUUGCCGGUGCCUAUCAUUGUUUCGCGGUUCAAUUACUUUUUACAGUUAGAAAAUGAGAAGUGUAGAAUUGGAGCUGAUGAAGAUAUAUCCAUUUUCAAACAUCCGCUCUACUCUUCCAAGCGACGGGGUAAAAAGAAAGACAGCACAUCAGAUAUAGGAGCCAGCAGCGGGAGCAGCAAAUCCAGAUCAAACAAUGACAAUACAAGUAUAAACAGCUACAACAACAACAACAACAAUAACAAUAAUAAUAAUAAUAAUGAUAGUAACAGUAAUCUACACACAACGUCUCAAGACUUUAUAGAAACAGCAACUUCAGCUGUGUAGCGGUUUUAAGAUGCUUUUUUAUAAUCAUUACUGAAAAGCAUCCUGGCAGUUGAGAUGAAGAGGUGUUAUUUAUCUACAGAGGGUACUCGUUAGUCGUUACUCGUGCAACAUUUCAUAUUGGUGUUUGGUAAAAGUCAGUGGAGAGAUUGAAGAGACUUAAAACGGGUAAUCUUAUUCAUUAUUGGAUAUUCUGGAUGCUUUGUAGAUUACCUGGUAAACUUGGCGAUCAAAUCAAAUGGAAGAUCGUAUCAUGUUAUCUGAGCUAUUGUGACUGAAUUUGGGGGAUUAUAUCUCGUUUGUCGGUGUUGUUUUGACUGAGAUGCUGGGAGAUUACUUUUACUCAACCUCUUACGACUCGAAAAGCUAGAUCAUAUCUUGGUAGCCACUUAUGAUCUUCAUCCUACUGAAAUAAAGUACAAAACCCAGAAACUGGCACGCUGAACCCAAUACAAACCUCCUCGUCAGCUGUAGUUACAGUUUCUCUCUGUUCACGAUUUGGUUUUUUACAGUUUAGUGUUCCUGGGUAUUGGCGGAUUGUUCUGCGACAUUCUCUUACUUAAAUCAGUAAGUUAUUUAACUCGGGGUUGGCUUUGUACGCCGAAAUUAUACUCCUGCAAAAAGGCAGCAAUAAAAUCAAUGCUGUGAUUUGUAUGUGUAACUGCUCUUAUUUAGGCAUUAAUUUCAUCGAUGCUUCCUUUAUUUAUUUGGAACCUUAUUUCAAAUUUGCCGGUUAUUUUCAAUAAAGCUGGCUAUUGAUUUUUUUACGCAAAGAAUUUUACUGCAUUUUGCUUCGACUUUUUUAUUGAGCUUUCUUGAUUCUGUUUAAUGGUUUUUAAU